ACUUGACGAGGUGAAAAUCUGCUUCUGGUUUGAAUUUUUUCCUUCAGAGGGAAAAUUUGAAGAAACACAAACUGAAUUUGAGCAGAAAGAGAAAAGAGAAGAAGUCGAGCGCUGACGGUUCGUUAGACUGUCGGUUAGUCACAGUUUAGUUAGUGAACUGAUUAGUUAUGAAAUCUCUGUGAUGGAAGUGUCUCUGUGCAGCAGAAAGAGGCCCUGUGGUGGAGCUGUCCUGCAGCUGCACCAGGAGGCCCAGUGUAAGCCUCCAGCCUGUAAGAGGAGGUGCAGAGAGGAGGAGGAGGAGGAGGAGGAGACGAAGAGGAGGAGGCAGUGCAAAGAGGAAGAGGAGGAGAUGAAGAGGAGGAGGAGAAGGAGGACAGUAGGAGGCUGUGAAGAGAACAGAGAUCCAAGAGACGAUCUGCAGAGGAACCUGAGAACACAGAACCUGAAGAGAGAACACAGGCGGUUUUCACAGUCUGGAACCAGAACCAGGACCUCAUCCAGGACUGGAUCUGAGUCAGCAGCUGGAUCUUGUUUCAGGUCUGGAGGUGAGAUCCAGUCCUGCAGACCUGAGGUCAGAGUGGCCCUGAUCAGAAAGACCAGAAUCCAGACCUCAGUCCAGAGGACAAAGAAGUGUACUGGACAGUGGGACAAUUGUCUUUGUCCCACUGUCCAGGGUUUGAUCCUCACAGACCAGACUGAUUCAGGAUCCACUGAGAGCCAGCUGGACCACAGGAGACUGACCCAGGUUAGACAGACCAGGACCACAGAGUCCACCUCUGAGGUCAGGUCCAGGUCCAGAGCAGGUCCACUGAGGACUGCAGGUCUGGUCUCAGAUCAGUCUUCAGAGACCAGGGCCAACAGGAGCAGGUCUGAGAGAGUCCUGGGUGCAGAGCCCAGCAGAGAAGAGAAGGGGGCACUCAGGAUCAGAUCCAGGUCUGAGAGGAGGAGAACUGAGACCAGGACCAGGAGGAGGAGGAAGAUCCACCCAUCUGUGUUCAGAGGGAGAGGUCAGCUGCGGCUGUCAAUCACUCCAGAGGCGGGGCAGCUCAUCAUUCAGAUCCACGAGGCCAGAGGGCUGAUGGGAAAAUCCCAGAGGUCAUGUGACUCGUAUGUGAAGCUGGCGGUGACCUCUGACCUCGACUGCAGCAUCAGGAUGACGACUGCAACUGUCCUGAACAACAAGAACCCAGAAUACAAACACAACUUUAUACUGUGUAUCACUGAUGACCUCGUCCUGAACAGGUUGUUGGUUUCAGUCUUCAGCAGGUGCAGUCAGCUGAUUGGCUGUAUGAGCUUUGGGAUUGGUUCUCUGGUCUCAUCCUCUAAGCUUGUCACUGGUUGGUUCUACCUGCUGGGGGAGGAGUUUGGGCGGAGCAAACACCUGAGAGUGACAUCACAGCAGAACGAACCAAUGGGGAACCCAGAGGACGGGGCAGCAGAGAACGUACCAACACGCUGUGCAGACCUGAGGAGGACUCCAGACUCUGCUCCAGACACCGACCUAAACCGCAUCACCGCCGCCGCCACAACCGUCCUGUCAAACUGCACCACCACCACCACCACAGCUGGACUCAAAGACCUGGCAAACCGCAGUCUGACCUCCAGUCGCCCCCACAGCCUCGCCCCCAUCAGCGCCAACUACAGCUCCGGCCCAGUCAACGGCAACUACAGCAGCUGUGUCUCCACCCUGGACACCAACACCAACCGGCGUCAGGCAACCCGAGACGGCGGCAGCACCCGGCGACUGACGGUGAACGUUGUUCGAGGAAAAGAUGGUUUUGGAUUCACGAUCUGCUCUGACUGUCCAGUCAGAGUCCAGGCUGUCGACUCCGGAGGUCCGGCUCAUCAGUCUGGUCUCCGUCAGGGAGACUCGGUCCUGCAGCUGAACGGACUUCCUGUCGAAACCUGGAAGUGUGUCGACCUUGCCCACGCCAUCAGGAGUUGUCCGUCUCAGAUCGUGCUGGUGGUGUGGAGAGGUUUACCUGAGCUCCGGUCGGGAUGUGAAGCUGUGCUCCGCCCAACUGCACACAACACGACAACAGGCAGGAAGCUACUGCCUCACCCCGCUCACAGUAAACAUGGCCACAGACGGGGUCAGAGGUCAGGGGUCAGGUCCAGUUUAGGGGCUCUGGGUUCUUUGUGGAGGGACAGGAGGGAGGACCAGGAGGAGGAGGAGGAGGAAGAACAGGAGGUGACUGAGUUCUCACCUCGAACCACCACACUCAAGGGCACCCGCGUGACAUCAUCACAUGGAGACAAUUACAUCAUCCUGUCGCCUGUCAAUCCAGGAGGACAGCUGGUGCAGCCAGUUUAUCACGACAACAACGGAACGAUCGGGCGUCUGUACCAGACUCACCCCAGCAGCGGUCAGACUCUCCUCCACAACCCUCGACCCGGGUCGUCACAGCAGCCGUUCACCGGGAACACCUCCACCCAGCCCCCACCCCCCUCCACCUCCUCUUCAUCAGCCCUGCCUAGUAACUACGGCAACUACCAGAACUGCACCAUUGUCCAAUCACAUCUGCCCUGCUCCACCUAUGGAACCUAUGUCACCCUGGCACCCAAAACCCUCAUCUUCCCAAUCUUCGUCCAGCCUCUGGAUCUAUGCAGCCCAGACAGAACCCUGCUAAAGUCAGAGGAAAUGGUUCUACACCAAGCUGACCUGCUGCCUGCAAAGGUGACAGUGUUGAUCUACAGUGACCUGCUGCUGUUCACCCGAGAGGACGAAGCCGGACGCUGCAACGUCCUACAGAGUCCAUUGUACCUGAACACACUGCAGCUCAGAGAGGUGUCAUCAGAGCCCCUCCAGAUCUACUUCCUGCAGAGCUCUCAGAGUUGUUGGCGUUGUCUCUUCAGUCUGGAGGCUUUCAGCAUCGAGCAGAAGGUCCGAGUCAGUCUCUGUCUCCACAACAACAUCCAACUACAGCUGGUUGCCAAGGAGACCGGACACAGCCACCAGCUCUCAGACCUCCCCUCAGACUUCGGCCUCCUCUCUCUCUGUCAGUCUGACCUCCUCUAUCGUCCGUCCUCUCCUUCCUCCUCCUCUGAUCCUCCCCUCCUCCACCCCUCCUCCCCCUACUCCUCUCUCUGUGACCCCCUAAGACCUCCCUCCCCCUCUCCUUACUCCCCCAGCUCUCCCUUCUCCACCUCUACUCCUCCUCCUCCCUUCUCCUCUCUCUCCCCAUACACCGCCUCCUCCUCACCUCCUUCCAGAACCUUCACCACCCCACCUCAGCUCAUCCCCCCACCUCCCCCCUCCUCAUCCACCCAGAGGAGUCCAGUCUGGAAGGAAAGAGGAGGAGCAGAGGAGGAGAGGAGGAAGAAGAGACAGGAGGAGGAGGAGGUGGAGGAGCGGCAGCAAGGGGAGGGGGAGAGCGCCUCAGAAACAUCAGAGAACAUGGGAGGUGUAGGGGGGCGGGGCCUCCUGCUCAGCCCCCACCACUUCAUCGUGAAGAAAGAGGAAGAGGAGGAGAGUGAUGAAGAGGAGGAGGAGGAGGAGGAGGGAGGAGGUACUGAGGAGUUUAUCUCCACCUACAGACCUGCAGUUCUGCGUCGCUCUCUUUCUGAGGGUUCUCUACUGCAGGAACCUCGAUCACCCCGCUUCCUGUCUGACAGCACCAUCCAUCGACUCACCCGCCCCACGACCUUUGACCUCAACCUUGAUCCCAGCACAGGCCCCGCCCCCCGUCCCCCCUCCAUCCACACCCUUAAGAAACAGCUGACCAGAGAGGGGGGGACUCUGCACCACAUGCUGCUGCUGCUCAACGGCACCAAGGAUGCUGAGUUCAGAAAUCUUCAACUGAGGAAGAAGACCAAGAGUCUAGCUGGUGAUGUUCGGAGCCGCCUGGCGUUUCUACGGCGACGGAAGAACAGUACCUAUGUCCAUGGUAACAGUUUGGAGAAAGCUCUGAGAAACAACAGACCGUCUACAAGGGAGGUGCUGAGGUGGGCUGAGAGUCUGGAAGGUCUGCUGACCAAUCAGUAUGGUCUGGUGGUGUUCCGUCACUUCCUAAAGUCCGAGUUCAGUGAGGAGAACCUGGACUUCUGGUUGGCUGUGGAGAGAUUCAAGAGGACACGUCCCCUCAGCAAAAUGGCCACCAGAGCUGUGAAAAUCUACGAUGAGUUCAUUUCUACCAAUGCAGCGAGACAGGUCAACGUGGACUCUUCUGUCAGAGAAUCCACCAAUCAGAGCCUGCGUCUUGGCGUUAACCCCGCCUCCUUCCAGCUGGCCCAGGAUCAGAUUUUCGGCUUGAUGGUGACAGACAGUUACCCACGAUUCCUUAGGUCCCGUCUCUACGCCCAGCUGGCCAAUCAGUGCACGCAUACAGCCACAGAGUCAGCCAAUUACAGCGGCGCUGGGUCUCUGCCUGUCAGCCAAUCAUGAGUGAGGAGGCCACAGAGGCGGUUUCAAUCAGAGGACAGACUGAUGGUUCAGUCAAACGGCUGGCCACCAGGUCCAGUCAUCAAGUCAGAGAAGAGCCGACCAAUGAAAAGAAACAAUCCAGUUGCAUUAUGGGAAAUGAAGGAUCCAGUGUUUUUGGACUAAAAGUCAGGUUAUCUCCACCUCUGCUGCUCAGAUUUGUACUGUUCGAUUUUAAAUUUGUCUCUUACAACAACAGCUACUUUAUUUUUUUAUAGACACAUUGAAACACUUUAGUAUUCUUUCAAUAAUCAGUUUAUAAAAACUCUUUAUCCCACUGAGUCAAAUGAUUGUUUGGGUUUUACAAAAUCUGUUCAGAUUUUAGUCACAUUUUAACUUAUUUCACCAUGAGAAGCUUCAUGUGGAGUAAACAUAGAUCAGAAUAUUAAAUUAUCACACAGAACAUGUUCUGUUACGGAUCAUGGAACCGAAAAAGUGUUUUAAGUUGUCACUGUUGAGUUUAAGAGUUAAUUUUUUAGCAGCAUGACUAAAAUAGUUCGACAUCUACAUGGUGGAUUGGCACAAAAUUUGGUACAAACAUUCAUGGGUCCCAGAUGAUGAAUCCUACAGACUAUGGGGAUCUUCUGACUUUUCCUCUGGCGCCACCAUGAGGUUGAUGUUUGUGGUUGAUAUUUUAAAGGUCCAGUGUGGAACAUUUAGGAGGAGCUGUUGGCAGAAAUGGAAUAUAAUAUUUAUAAGUAUGUUUUCAUUAGUGUAUAAUUGCCUGAAAAUAAGAAUCGUUGUGUUUUCAUUACUUUAGAAUAAGCCCUUUAUAUCUACAGAGGGAGCGGGUCCCCUUCCACGGAGGCCACCAUGUUGCACCGCCAUGUUUCUACAGUAGCCCAGAACGGACAAACCAAACACUGGCUUUAGAGAGGGCCUUUUGUGUUUUUCGCGAGUUUCACAGCCACCGAAUUUUGUCCUACAUGCUUGAAACAGGAGGGUGAGGCGAGCGGUAUUCACAUGGUUGCAAACUGCAAUUUCACCGCUAGAUGGCACUAAAUCCUCCACAGUGGACCUUUAACAACUAUUGGAUAGAUUGUGAAAUGUGGUUCAGACAUUCAUGUUCCCCUCAAGAUGAAUUGUAAUAACUUUGGUGACCCUCUGACUUUUUGUCUAGCGCCAUCAUCAGAUCAACAUUUUAAUGUGUCCAAUACUUAUUUAUGUUUAUGAGAAAAUACCUGCAGAACUAAUGACAUUCCAGCCUCAGCUGUGCUGUGUUUACUGCUAGUUAGCUCAUGUUAGCAUGCUAACACGCUAAACUAAGAUGGCAAACAUGAUAAACAUGUUAGCAUGUUGAUGUUAGCUCAAGCCUCACAGAGCUGGUAGCAUGGCUUAUUUUUCUGUAUGAUCGUUACUGUAUGUGAUGUCAUCACACAGAACAUCCAGGUUUGAAAAAUAAGACGCAGUAAACCUGCUUGUUUUUAUUCACAUUUCAAAUUACUACUACACUAAAAACCCUGAGUAGAACCAGCAGACGACCCAAAGAUCUGAUGUCUGAACAUCAUGACUCUGAUUUCUGGAAAAGAAAUAACGACAGUUUGUUUAUUGUUUUUCUGAGUUUUCUAAGUUUUUAGUGCAAAUUCUAACUGAAGUUAGUGAAGUUUAUAUGUAUUAUUAGAGGAGUAGACUUAAACUGUUGUUACUGUAACAGACGAUUAUUAAAAAAGUGUAACUGAGGUUUGUCUGUUCACCUUUUGGAUAAAGAGACAAUGUGAUGAAGUCUGAUGGAAACAGUUUUAAAAUAAAUGAUGAUGUUGUUGGA